AUGGGUCUGCGACACACCAAGGUGACCGGCAGUCGGUACAUCAUGAAGCUGGGCAAGAAAAGUCUGAUGCAGAUGCUCAGGUUUGCCGUCGUAGAGUUCCCCGAGGAGGACUGCAGCUUGGCAGUUGUUCACGGUUCGUGGUUGAAUCCAAAAAGAAAUAGGACAUAUUGGCCUACGUUGAAAAAUUCAUCGCAGCGGCGGAGAGCCACUGUUGAAGGUGCUGCACCAUCUCCUAGUUGGACACAAGCCAACUGUGUGGUGAAAUCCUGGGCUGACACUUACGAAAAGGCAUGUGAGAAGCAGAAUUUCCUGCAGUAUCAUUCGGACAUGAGCUGCGAAGAAGAACUGGGACGCGGAAAAAGAAAAAAACGAAGUGCCUUGGCUUCUGACUACAGUAGUGAGCCAGACACGACUGACGACUCGGGUGACGACUCGAACUAUCACCCUCCUAGGCCGCCAACACCACCUCAACUGGUAACAAACAUUGCCUUUAUGGAGAGGAUAUUGUCCAGCCUUAAUACAAUUAAGGUUGUGCAACAGGCGCACACACAGCUCUUGGCACAGAUGAAUAAUGCGGAAGAAGCAUGCCCAGAGAACCAAAACCUUCCCGAUCAGCUGCCAUUUUUGACCACAAGAGACAUGCUUGAUUGGGAUGCUGAACUUGGGGUGAACAAGGAAGCAAAGCUUCGAAUGAAAAGACACAUGGUUGUCCAAGGUGGUGACACCAUAAACCAGAAGACUGCACGCAUCUUAAAGAGUGUGAUGUCGUGGGAUGUGGCAAAACAAUUCAGUUGGUAUGGUGCAAAAGGCAAAAUGAAGUUUUGUGAGCUGAAUAUUUGCAAGCUACUGUGCAGUAACCUGCCUGAUAGAAAAUACAAGCACAACCAGGAGGAGGCUACUCUAAAGAACAUAGAAAAAGCAGCCAUGUCUUGGUUCCGCCAUGCCGCAGAACGGGCAGCAGCAGGGCAACAAAGGCAACUGAACAAAACUUCAGCACAGGACAACGACGCUCUCAUUUCUUGA